AUGGUCAGAUUCAAGAAUCGCUGGCUCCUUUUGACUUUAGCCGCAGAACCACCAGCAAUUCCUGAUGAUUAUGAUCAUUAUAUACCAUUUUCUCAUCGUGCACCUAAUGUGAACGCUUAUUCCAUUACCAAAGCAAUACGUGCUUCUCUCCGAGACAACUUUGGCGAUGUAUCCGCGGGCGCGUAUGCAGGUCCCUUGACAUGCAAAUAUUAUUCACCCAAGUCCGGGAUUGGGAUACUAAGAAGUUCGAGAGAUGGCGUACGCCAAGUUUGGGCUGCAACUACGCUGCUUAAUACUAUCGAUGGCCAUCGUGUGCGCAUCUGCGUGAGGUCCUGUGGCGGAACCAUUCGGAAAGUGCAACGAAAAGCUAUAUCAAUCGAUAAGACAUGCAUACUACGUCUCGAACAAGCAAGACAGAAAAAUAAAGAUGCUGUACGCACAGCGAGUAGCGAAUAUCAUGCACGCAGUGGUCAAGAAAGCAUGAAUGCGUCUAAUGCACAGGGUGACGCAGACGACCUAGGCGUUAGUAUCGAAGAGGAUGAUGACAUGGGCGUAUCUAUUGACGAAGGUGGUAGCGAUUCAUUUGAAGACACGUCUUCGAACGGUGCGGAUGAUCUCGAAGGAUCUUUCCCAGUAUCUGACGAAUGCAAGCGUGAAAUUGCAGAAAGUCGAUCUGUGAUAAUGUCAAUAACAAGAUCAUGA